AUGAGCGGAAGCCAACGCGGAAAACCGUUCAAUGACAGAUACUCGACGAUGAACAGCUCGCUGCGGUACGAAAAUGCGAGAAGACAAAAUCAUCGCUAUUAUAGUAGCGCUCUUACGGACUCAACGGACGACGACGAUGGGGCUAAUAUGCAGAUUCUUCAACUAGAAGCAAAACUCAAAAGAGCGAAAGAGCUAAUACGCUCAACUAGAAGAGACAUGACGGAAAGAAUCGAGGAAUUGCAGGAUGAAAUUGAUCGUAAAAGUCGAGAUUACGAUACGCUUAAGUGGCACUAUAAACAGGCUCGAAAAGCUAUUGAGGAUGAGCGCAAAAUCAAUGCUAGACAAAGCAAAAAACUUCAACAAGCACUGGAAGAAGUGUCACGAUUGAAAGCUAUGCUUACGGAGCACUCAGACGAUAAUUCGUUUCUGAUUCCUUAUUGCGGUGGUUUGCCACCAAUGGGCUAUGAUAGCGGCGCUGGGGAAGCACUUUGUUCCUUGGCUGAAGCCCAA